AUGGCCGCUUCGGAUUCUAGCAAAAAACUAGUUGAAGCUGUCUUGGAACAACAAGCAGCCGCAAGCGCUGCCGCUACAACUGGUGCCGGGUCAACAAGUUCAUCAUCUCCCAACGAACUAAAGUUAAGGCUUCCCCACGUAACCCAUCGCCAUCUUCCUCAGACGACCCCUAACGAACCCAUCUUCCUGAUCCUGAGAAGCAUCUCGAAGCUGUGUGUCCCAUAGAUAAGGUCAAUAAACAAAAGAGGUCACCCGAGAUGGAUUUCUUCAGGUAGAGGAUGGUGGGACCACUAGGGACGAGGAGGUGCGCAGCUCUCGUGUCUAAUAGUAAUAUUACAGGCGAAGGCCGCUACGAGUAGUUCCUCG